AUGUCCACCAGUUCUCGACACAGCCGAAUCUCUCGCUCUCGACGCAAUACACACCUUUCCCGCGACAACUCCCAAGCUUUACAUCGUAAAGCCACAGCGACACCACACGAUGCAUACAUAUACAGCCUGGCAGUCGCCGUAUUACACUACCAACUACAACCACGGCAAAAGAGGAUACAACAUGUUGCGGCUCCACCAAGAUUGCAGAAGGCGCGGACUUCGGCGAGCGAGGUCAUCGGUCACGAUAUUACUCUGCUGAAAGCCAACAGGAGCAACAGGGUACCGGAAGGGUUUAUGGCGGCGCUCGACAAGAGGCUGACGUACGUGCUCAUCGGGAAAGAGAGGCUGCCGGAAUACAACGAUGCGCUUAUCAAGCGGACCUUUGGAGCGUUUUUAAACCAGUUCAAAGAGAAGCAUUUCCGGAAAGGCGUCGAAACCGACCGCCGCGUCGAGGACUUGCUCCUCAUCUUUUUCUCGAAAGCCUCGUCGGAGCUUCAGAAGGGUAAUAUUGGAACGGGCCCGACGCACCCCGAACCCGAUGCAUGGAAGCUGAUGGUGGACCGACACUGCGCGCUGUUCAUUCGGCUGAUUAAUGCCAUUCUAAGAGAUCACAACUGGGACAGCGACCGGCCGGAUCUCGCAGAACGGUUGAAGACGAUGGAGCGGAAGUUGCUCAUUCACGACCAGAACCUUGCCUCUGAAGCUUCGCGCAAUGGCGGCGCUGGGGGGACUAGCAUAGAAGUCGAGGUCCCUCUUACUUACGAUGUCAAGGACAUGCCCUUAGCGAUGAUCGUCAAGAGGGUUUUCAGCAAAGAGUACGAUCAAGUACAAGCCGACGUCAACAAGCACAAGGCCAAUUGGACGCAGAAGGCUGCACUGCAAGAUCUGAAAUCCUACCAAACCCACCUCAACCUCGGCGGAAAUCGACGAACCCUGUCACUCGUCGAUUUCGAUUACGAUGAUGCGUACGAGGCAUGGAAGAAGAGCGAGACGGCCGAAGUGUCGCAGAUGAUCCUGAACAUGGUCCAGAACAAUAUCGAGCUUGCCAAAACCUCCACCGGCGCUUCUGCCUUCGCAAGCGCCGUCCCUUCGGCUUCGGGAGCUACCGUGGACGCCUACGCCGAGAUCUCCAAAAAGCUCGCCAAUAACCAAGAAGAUGACAAUUCCUACUUCGACCAGCCGGUGGACAUGGGGAAUAUAGCCCCGGACAAUCACCGAGCCUGCGACGACGACCUUACGUACACCUUUAUCCCACCCAAUCCGCGAGACCACUUUCGAACUGUCCUGAAAGAGGCUCUCAGCGUCGACCUCAAAGACCCCGAGGUCAACCCAUCCCCCGAUAAUAUCUUCCUCUUCUCUAAAUCCACCACCGAACUCCUCUCCGAGCUCGCGCUGCGAUGGCGGAUGCCUCUCUUCAGCCGCCUGGUCCUCCUGCUUGAUGUGAUUCGCGAGAAAUACGGGCAGGCCGAUGCCGGUCUGCCCGUCGUCGAUGCCACGUUCCUCUAUAUCAAAGAAACGCACGGAACGCACGAAAAGAAGAACCGGCGUCUCUCGCAGCUCAACCCGGAAGCGCGCACGCAAGACUGGAAGAAAUGGACCGUCGCGGAUUACGCGUUGCACAAGCAAGCCCUCAGCGGGAUUCAUUCCACGAUCCUCCGCGACCUGUUCCACCUCCUCAUGGGUGUCUACGAACCCAAGCCCCCCGAAAUCGGACCGGCAAUGUACAUCAUCCAAGAGCACAUCUACAGCGACGAGCUGUGCAGCGUGGCCGAGAAUGAACUCGAUCAGUUCGCAGAGGAGCUGGAGAACGGGCUGAUCGAGGUGGCAACCGCCAAAUACGAGGAGAUCCGGGAGAAGGUGCUGCGCGAGGUGGAGGAGAGUAAUGGCAUGCUGGACUUCUUCCACGUCAUCGAGGUGGGGAAGGGCGUGAAGAAGUUGGCGGAGAAGAUUGCGAAGCGGUAUCGGAAGAACCCGAAUAUUAUGGGUGUCUCGCCGUUCGCGAUUCUGGCGAAGGUCAUGUUUCCGGCGUUCGCGCAUGAUGCACGGUCGUUUGUGGCGCACAUUAUCGAGAUCGCGCAGCAGCGUGGGGAGGAGAUCCCCAUCGCCGACGGAUUCGAUCUGUACCGUGAACUGGUGGAGAUCCGUGGGGUAUAUGCUUUGGACAAAUCUGGGACGCAAUUCAAAUUCAACGUCGAGGAGCUCCUGCAAGACUUCGUCUGGAGAUGGAUCAAGACCACCGAAGACAGCGUGGUGGGUUGGUCCGAGAACGCGAUCAAACACGACGAGUUCGCGGUCCGGAACGACGAUGCGACUCGACCGCCAACAGAUGACGAGCGACACAGCAUCUCGUCCAUCGAUACCUUCCGCUCGUUCAACGAGAUCGUGAAUCAGAUCACACAACUGAACUGGGACAACGACCUCCAAUAUGCGAAGUUCAUGACUUCGCUCUCGAAGAUCAUCGGGAACGGGAUCUCACGAUACUGCGAACUGAUCGAGCAGCUCUUCUCCAAGGAAAUGAGCGUAGAGAGCGCAGAAGAAGUCGCGGCUCGAGCGCAACUGACCAACUCGGAGCGAUACUGGCAGCUGGCGCGAGAUGCGUGGAACGCGAACAACAAGGUUGAAGCAUACAAUUUCUCCACCAAGUCCCUCGUCAAACUCAACAACAUCGAAUACGCCAUCACCGAACUAGACAAGCUCGAGCGCGAUAUGAAUGUGGAAGCGUGUGCAGCGGUGAUCACAAGGAAUACCCCGCCCAUUACGCACCAGGAGCGGUGGAAAAAGACGGAGAAGUAUGUGUUUACGAUCAAGAUCAUCGAAGGUGAGGACCUCAAGCCCUGCGAUAUCAACGGUCUCUCCGACCCGUACGUCGUACUAGGCGACGAGUACCAGAAAAGGCUGGCCAAGACGCGCAUCAUCUAUGGGAACCUCAAUCCACGAUGGGAUGAGAGCGUCGAUAUCACCACGACGGGCGCGAUCAAUAUCAUCGCCACCGUCUGGGACUGGGAUGCCCUCGGCGAUCACGACUGCGUUGGACGGUCGAGCCUGAAGCUCGAUCCGCAUCACUUCCGGGACUAUAUCCCUCGAGAAUAUUGGCUGCCAUUGGAUACGCAGGGCAGGGUCUUGGUGAGAGUCAGCAUGGAGGGCGAGCGGGACGACAUCCAGUUCUACUUCGGUAAAGCUUUCCGGACGCUGAAGAGGACGGAGAGGGAUAUGACGAGGCAGAUCACGGACAAGCUCAAUGCCUAUAUUCAGCAUAUGCUGUCUGAGCGGACUCUUCGUCAGCUGCUCAGUAAAGGUAUUGCAUCCAAGUUUAACACGUUCAUGAAAAAACAGCCUCAGGCUCCCGUGGUCCCCUCGUUAAUUGAGGCCACUCGAGCCAUUCAACCCCUCCUCGACUACUUCGACGAGAACUUCGCCAUCAUGAACCAGACCCUCACCCAAUCCGCCAUGACGGCCGUCAUGUCCCGUCUCUGGAAAGAAGUCCUCUCGCAGGUCGAAGCCCUCCUCGUCCCCCCCCUCUCCGACAAACCCUCCGCCCAACGGCCCCUCUCCCAACCCGAACUCGACAUCGUCUACCAAUGGCUCCAAACCCUCUUCGACUUCUUCCACGCCGUCGAUGAGCACACUGGCAUCGCCCAAGGCGUUCCACUCGACGUCCUCAAAUCCCCGAAAUACCACGACCUCAAGAAUCUCGCCUUCUUCUACACCCAGCCCACCGAAGAUCUCAUCCGUGAAUCCGAACGCAUGGCCUCCGCCUCCGCCGCCCGCGCCGCCUCCGAAGCUGCCCGCCUGAACCGCCUCUCCGCGCCCGCCCACCUCGGCGCCCCGGCGCCCAUGACCUUCAGCGGCGCCCCACAAGGCAUGCCGACGCGGCGGCACAAGACGAUCCUCGGCUCGCGCAACCUCGGGACGAUGCGUAAGGCGAAGGAAGAGAAGCGCCGCGAGGCGCAAGCGGAGCCGAGCGACGAUAUGAUCCUGCGCAUCUUACGCAUGCGGCCGGAGGCGACGAUGUAUUUGACGCAGCGGACGAGGCAACGGGAGAGGUUGGCGGCGGCGAGGGCGGCGGAGCAGAUUGUGAUGAGGAGUUUGAUGGGGCAAAGUAGUUCGGGUGCGGCAGGGAGGGGCAUCAGGGCUGGUUCCCAAGGGGGGUUGCCGAUAAGAUGA